UUUUUCAAGUUCUCAAAUCCCCAAAGAUUUGUUGGGAAAUGGGAGAACAUUAAGCUACAAGCGAUUGUGCCAAACAUAAUUAGUGUAAAUUCAACUUCCAUAUACUGCAGUUGCAUUGUAAUAUGUCGCGGAAUAUAUUGGCAUUCCUUCCUCUUGUUUUAACCACAGAGAUAUAUUUCUGUAGGAUCCCCAAAUCGGACUCGUAUUUGCUGAACAUCCGAGAGGAUUACUGUGACAUCUAUUGUCAGGGAUCCAAUGAUAAAUCAUGCCUAAAGACGAACAAUACUGUCGUAACCAAUCAUUUUCAAAUGGAGUUGGAGUCCGGGCAUUUAAGAAUCAAGUGGAAAGAGAGGCGAGGGUCUAUAGAAUCGAAUAUAACCUCAAUUACCGAUGAAAGUGGAACGGAACUCGAAAGUUUAACAGUGACUGGAAUCCCGAGCUCUAAAGAUGACAGAUUUCGACCUGGAAUAGAUUAUAUUAGAGAUUUUGGGGUUUCCAAAGUCCUCAAAUACGAAAUAUAUUCUGGAGAUCUGAUAAUACUUGAAGCUGAACCCGAUUUAAAGAAUGGUCCUUCUCAUUUGGCUUUAAUCUUCACUUUUACUGUUGAGAAUAUCAUAAAUUCACAUGCCGCAAAUAGUUAUAUUCGAAGGACGAUGGAUAACUUGAAAACAAUUCAGAUUCGUUAUGAAGGAAGGUCACAAACUCCCGAGUUCUGGAUGGAAGAUGGUACUUUCAAAGGCAAAACACAAUUAAAUCUGCUUACUUUUCAAGGAUUAAAGAUGGAAAAUCUCACAUCUAAUACUUUUAGUGAUUUGAAAAGCUUGAAAAUAUUAAAUUUUACAAACACAAUCGUCAGGGAUCAAAGUUUCUUGAGGUAUGAGUGUAUCCAUGAGUGUGUUUUAGAUUUUCUUUUGAUGUAUUUUUUAAGUUCUGCGACUCUGCGGAACAAUCUAGAGAUUUUCAUCAUGCAUACUGAAGCGGUCAAAGUGGAACUGGAACAUUUCGAAAACUAUUCGAAAUUAAGGUUUAUUCAAGUUGUAAAUUAUGAACCACAUGAGAAUCUAACUGCAUUCGUCUGCGAUUCAGGAACUUGGAAAUUCGAUUGCAAGUUCUCGCACGGGAUAGAUGGAAGAAGGUGUCCUGGAAAAUGUAAAUGCUACUAUGAGCUAAGUAGCAUGGAGUUUCACAUAGAUUGCACCCAACGAAAUUUCACAGAAAUCCCGCCCUUACCCAUUCCGAUAGAUGGGAGGCCAGUGCUGCGUUUUAGUAAUAAUCAUCUUAAAGAUCUGCCCAGCAACGCCAAGGAAAUACCCGGCUAUAAUCAACUGCAAGCUCUCGAUGUGGCAGCCAAUGAGAUCACGAGCCUCGGCAUUCAACAGCUGCCACAGAGGCUGCAACACCUCAGCAUUCGUUUCAACAACAUCACAGACCUCGGCAAGAAAGUGGUCGAAUUUCUGUCCAAACACGUUGCCAUCCAUCGCUUUGGCAAUAAGUGGUUUGCCGAUUGCGACGACAAGGUCCUCUUGGAGUACACCUACUCGAUUAUAAACUUUAAGGGGAAGAAAGAUCCUGAAAUCAAUAAUUAUCUUAGAGAACGUUCGGAAAGAAAUCGAUUUUCUGAAAAUCCCUGGAGCUGUUUUUGGGAGACACGAUUUCUGAUAUCCUUUAUGGGCAAACGCGAGUCCAUGAAAUAUAUAGCGCCACUGGACUAUCAAGACUUUCGCGGCCCUUGUCCCGAUGUUUGCAGCUGCCUCCUUACCUACUAUCCCACGGAAUUCAUCGUUGACUGCAGUGGCGAAGGCCUCUCGGAGAUACCACCAUUACCCACGCCCAAAGAUCGCCCAACGACCCUUUUAUUUCAAAACAAUAAGCUCCGCGUAUUGCCCAAUGAAUCGAUGCCAGGAUACGCAAAUGUGGGUCGACUCUUUCUGGCCAACAAUCGACUAACGGAACUCGAUAAUCUUCCACGAAACCUCUCGUAUCUGGACAUACGAAACAACAGAAUUGCUGUAAUUAACAGGAAGACUCUAGAUAUCUUUGAAAAUAGAUCGAAAUCGUCAGAUCUGAAGCUAUUCCUGUCUGGAAAUCCCUGGGCUUGCACUUGCGAGGAGAAAGAUUUCUUGGGAUUCGUGAAAGGAGGUGGUCCCAGAAUCGGAGAUGUCACAAAUAUCACCUGCGGAGACACAGGAAACCUCCUGAUCGAAACGGAUGAGAGUUCAGUAUGCCCCUCUGGCUUCGUGCACUAUGUGACCCUCACUGUUUCGUUCAUGUUAAUGAUCUUGACCAUAAACCUGAUGAUUUACUUCAAACAGCCCCUCCUGAUCUGGUUCUACGAGCACGGCGUAUGCCUGAGCCUCGCUGCACGACAGGAACUCGACGAACGGAAGAAGUUCGAUGCAUUUCUAUCCUUCACCCACAAAGACGAGGAUCUGAUUGAGGAGUUUGUGGAGAGACUGGAGAAUGGCCCCCAGAAGUUCCAACUCUGCUUCUAUCUGCGCGACUGGCUUUUGGGCGUGUCCAUUCCAGAGUGCAUCAGCCAAUCUGUGAAGGACUCAAGGCGCAUCAUAAUCCUGAUGACGAACCACUUCCUAAAGUCCACUUGGGGGCGACUGGAGUUCCGCCUCGCUCUGCAUGCCACCUCCCAGGAUCGAUGUAAGCGGCUUAUUGUGGUCCUCUAUCCGGAAGUGGAGAACUUUGAUGAUUUGGACAGCGAACUGCGGACCUACAUGGUGCUGAACACGUACCUCAAGCGAGAUGACCCCAAUUUCUGGAAUAAGUUGAUCUAUUCGAUGCCCCAUAGUGUACAGGGAGAGCAGCCCUAAAA